CACAUAUAUAAAUUUCUAUCAUGCUUAACUAUUUGGGUCUCAUACUUACAAUAACCAAGCUCUGACCUACCUACACAAACACACUGUUGGAUCCUGCUUUCACACGCUGCCACUUGUCGAGUGACACACACAACGCUCCCUUUGGCUAGCCAUGGCAACCAUGAUUACUACGGCCACCACGGCCACUAUGACCAUUGGCACUCCACCCUUGGCCUUUCGCCGCCUUCAUCCCACGUUUGGUGCCGACUGUGAGGGCGUGGACUUCUCGCAACCAGUCCCGGAUGCCGUCAUCGAAGAGCUUCGUGCCGCGAUGGCCACAUACGGCGUCUUGGUCUUCCGCGCCACCAAACUUGACGAUGCGCGCCACUUUGCCUUUGCGCGUCAAUUAGGUGAACCGAUAGUGGAUAACACGGUCGGGAAACCGGGGGUGCCAGAUCGACUUGGUUCCAGAGGCAAGCUUAUGGAUGUUGGGAAUGUGGACAGCAAGGGCCGGGUCUUAUCGCCAUCGUCUUGGCGGGCGCAGCUAUUCCGGGGCACACGCCUCUUCCACGUAGACGGCUCCUUCACCCAACGCCGAGCAGGAUAUAGCCUCCUCCGAGCGCACAAACUGCCCCCAAAGGGAACCGGCGGCGCGACGGCAUUUGCCGACACCAGGACUGCUUAUGCGGAUCUCGCUGAGGAGACAAAAGCCGAAAUUCAAAAUCAUGUGCUAUGGCAUUCAAUCAUGCAGAGUCGAUAUCUAGGAGCCCCGGAUAAUUGGCUCAUCAGGUUAGUGGUUGCCGUCUCCGACCUGGAUGACCUGCGUCGUAUCCCAUAUCUGAUGGCGGUGGGUCUCAUAGCCCGUGUAUUGGGGAUUUGGGUCGAUAUUGUGGACAUCAGCCUGCUCCUGAUGUUCUGUUUCGUUUUGGGGCGGAUCUUGGUGCUGUGUUGGUUGCCCGCGGCUGCAAGAGCGCGUGGGCGUCAUCAGCUUGCACAACUGCACAAGCCCAGCAAUCGAAUGAAUCUGUAUAUGGGGUCACAUGCAUACCGGAUAGACGGGAGGAGCAAGGCAGACAGCAAGCCCGUAAUUGAGGCUUUGAUGCGGCAUGCCAGUCAGGACAAAUAUGUGCUCACCGUGGACUGGCAGAACGAUGGAGACAUGAUUAUGUGGGACAAUACUUGCGUGAUGCACCGAUCAUGUGGUGGCUCAUAUCAAGGACGCCAGAACGACGAAUUGUGUAAAUUUCAGGAUACCAUAACUUGUUUGCACCUUUCAGGGUGUAGACACUGUACUGCCGCAUCAUCACGUCCUAGUUCCUCCACCUCCCUCAUUCUACCCGAAACGUCAUUUCAAGAAGCCCUGAUGCAAUCCCUUAAGUGGAUCUGCAGGAUGCCCAUACGCCCUAUCCCCUCACAUUCAAUGGCCGAGAAUUCCGCCGAGCAGAAAGAGGGGAAGAAAGCUUGA